UUUUGUACUUUUUAACCUGGAUCGGAAGGCAGAAGACACCACAUAUUUCGCGACAUUUCGAGAAGGCUCUCCAUCACUCCUCUUUCCACCUCCCGUCCUUUCUCCGGCUGCUCCUCGGAUCUCUCUCGCGCUUUCCACCUCCAAACUAUCAGCGUCUAUAGAAUAGCCUUUUGAUUCCACUCCAAGGGACCUCUUUUAUCGCAAGAUUCGAUAUCGAUACCUUCUUCGUUUUCCCUGGGCGAAAGAACUCAUGGCAGGCGACGGGCUGAAGUGGGAUGGAUUGCUUAAGUGGAGCCUUUCCCAUGCUGAUGGGACUCGCCCUCCUCGGAAUUUGAGCGAGGAGGAUCGGAGAUGGUUUAUGGAAGCCAUGCAAGCGCAGACUGUUGACGUAAUUAGGAGAAUGAAGGAGAUCACUCUCGUUAUGCGAACUCCAGAGGAUGUUUUGCAGGCUCAAGGUGUCACCUCAGCAGAUAUUGAAGAUAUGUUGGAUGAGCUACAAGAACAUGUUGAAUCUAUUGACAUGGCAAAUGACUUGCACUCCAUCGGCGGUUUAGUUCCUCUGCUUGGCUAUCUUAAAAAUUCCAAUGCUGGUAUUCGGGCAAAAGCUGCUGAAGUUGUAACUACUGUUGUGCAAAACAAUCCUCGGAGUCAACAGCUUGUGAUGGAAACUAGUGGACUAGAACCUCUCCUGGCAAAUUUCACUUCGGAUCCGGAUGUAACUGUCCGCACAAAAGCUCUUGGUGCAAUAUCCUCUUUGAUACGGAACAAUAAGCCAGGAAUUGCGGCCUUUCGUCUCUCAAAUGGUUAUGCAGGACUUCGAGAUGCAUUGAGUUCGGAAAGUGUUAGAUUUCAGAGGAAGGCUCUCAACCUGAUUCAGUACCUAUUACGGGAAAACAGCUCAGAUUGCAGCGUGGUCACGGAACUCGGGUUUCCAAAGCUGAUGGUGCAUCUGGCCUCGAGUGAUGAUUCAGACGUUCGAGAAGCUGCUCUAGGGGGCCUUCUAGAGCUUGCUCGGGACAAUACAUCAGGAAACAGCAGUGUCUUAGCUGAAGAAGAUAGGUUGCGACAAGUUCUGCAGAGCCGCAUCGAGGGUAUAAGCUCAAUGUCCUCCGAUGAUCUCGGAGCUGCGAGGGAGGAAAGGCAGCUUGUGGACUCCCUGUGGAGCGCAUGUUACAACGAGCCAUCCUCGCUUCGACAAAUGGGUCUUGCCGUGCUUCCAGGAGAGGAAGCACCCCAACAACCACCUGAUGUUGCUGGAAAAUUUUUCGAGCCACCGCUUCGAGCUUGGGCAGCGAAACAUCCGACAGAGGGCACGAGUCCGGCUGGGGAAAGAAAGAAAGAGAGCCCUUUGCUGUUAGGCCCUGGGCCUGCAGGUGGGAGCUCCAAUUCCCAGGAUAUGAAUCCUAGUUCGGGUGGUGAAAGGAUGGCAUCUUAACGGUUAGCACAAUUUUGUUAGAAUAGCCCGGUUGUUUUUGGUAUUUCGUAUAUUAUUUUUAUAGUAGUGAUCUGGUGUAUGUUGCCAUGUUGGUGUUAUCGGCAUGGAGGCAAUAUUCAUGGUAUGAUGAACCGGUGGUUGUGCCACUUUCUUCCUUUACCUUUUGUAGAGUAUUCACUGAACAAAAAAAAAAGGGAAAAAAAUUCUUAAAUUA